GUAGCAAGUGUAACAGGUGUCGUACGCGCAUCGUUAGCGCUGAUUGGUUGUGCCGACUAAGGUGAAAUACUUGAACUUCUACCGUGAGCCCUGCAGUCUGCAGGGUCUCAGCGGGCUGGACUCCAGGGCACGGCAGUUACUUCUCUCUUACUUUUGGGUUUGUCUCUUGCCCAUUAGUUUUAGGAAUCGAUCCCGCGCUGUGUGUGCGGUGAGACAGUUGGGACAGCAGAGGUGCCUCCCUUGGAGCAGCGAGCCGCGGCGGCGUCCAGCGGGUAAGAUGAGCGGCACCAGCGCCAGGUCCAACCACCUAUCUCAGCCGGUAGUGAAGAGCGUGCUGGUGUACCGCAACGGGGACCCGUUCUUCGCGGGGCGCCGCGUCGUCAUCCAUGAGAAGAAGGUGUCUAGCUUUGAUGUCUUCCUGAAGGAGGUGACGGGUGGCGUUCAGGCGCCCUUUGGGGCCGUCAGGAACAUCUACACCCCGCGGUCCGGCCACCGCAUCCGGAAGCUAGACCAGAUUCAGAGCGGGGGCAACUACGUGGCCGGGGGCCAGGAAGCCUUCAAGAAACUCAAUUACUUGGACAUAGGAGAAACCAAGAAAAGACCAAUGGAAGUUGUGAAUACGGAGGUAAAACCAGUAAUCCACAGCAGGAUCAAUGUGUCAGCUCGCUUUAGAAAACCGCUCCAGGAACCCUGUACCAUCUUCUUGAUUGCAAAUGGAGACCUCAUAAGCCCAGCUUCUCGCCUCCUCAUCCCAAGAAAAGCUUUGAGUCAGUGGGAUCAUGUGCUACAAAUGGUCACGGAAAAAAUAACUCUGAGGAGUGGGGCCGUCCAUAGACUUUAUACUUUAGAAGGAAAACUUGUCGAAAGUGGGGCAGAGUUGGAGAAUGGGCAGUUUUAUGUGGCUGUUGGCAGAGAUAAGUUUAAGAAAUUGCCUUACAGUGAAUUACUUUUUGACAAGUCAACAAUGAGAAGGCCUUAUGGUCAGAAGGCCUCUUCACUACCUCCUAUUGUAGGAUCCAGAAAGUCUAAAGGGAGUGGAAAUGAUCGCCAAUCUAAGUCUACAAUCGGAUACAGUGACAACUCUUCUCCUCAACCCCAGAAGAGAAAAGGGAAAAAAGAAGAUGUUGCAAAUUCAGAAAAACCCACGAAAGUGAAACAAAAUGUAAAGUUAAAGAAUUCACUGCAAACAAUUCCAAACAGUGAUGAAGGCGUUUUCAAAGCUGGAGCUGAGAGAUCUGAAAUGCGAGGGGCAGCAGAAGUCCAAGAAGACGAAGAUACUCAGGUCGAGGUUCCAGUUGAUCAGAGGCCAGCAGAAAUAGUAGAUGAGGAAGAAGAUGGAGAGAAAGAAAACAAGGAUAUAGAACAGAGUGAUUUUUCAGGAAUGAACGGUGAAGUUGAAGAUGAAGGAGGUCAGGAGGCUACAGAUGAGCCUGAGCAAACCAGGGAGACUCUGGAUCACAGGGAGAGGCAGGCAGGUCCUGCUCGUGUAAAUGGAAGCACUGAUGAAGAAAACGGUGAGGAACUGGACCAGGUUAAUAAUCAGCCUCAACCAGAAGUGGAUAAGGAAAGAAAGUCUCAAGGAGUUGGCAGUGGACAGGCUGAGGCUGACCUAGACCCUCAAAGACCGCCAAGGCCAGAAGUAAAAAUCACUAGUCCACAGGAAAAUGAUAACAACGAACAAAACAAAGACUAUGCUGUUGUGGCAUAGAUGGAUUUCAAAAAGAGAAUAUACAGAUUAUAAGAGAAAUGAAGGGUUAUAAUACUUGAACAAUAAGCAUACAGUUAUUGCUAAACAUAAUAUGACAAUAUGGCUGAAUACUACCUAUUGAAUUUUAAAAUCAGUGGCUGAGAGACUAGAUAACCUUUAAUAGCUACUAAAGGAAAAUGACUUAUUUUUAUAGUGUGUUUUUAAAAGUCGUUUAAAAAAAUUAAAUAAGGGACUGAGGGGAAUUCGCACUGGAAGAUAAUUGGCCCCUUUGUAAAGGAUAAAGAGAAUAGGACCACUCCUAUUGUAUACUUCUUUGUAAAUUUAGAAGCGAGAUUAUUGCGUAGAUGGCAGCUUAUUUUAAAGCCAUCUAUGAAGGCAUAGAAUUUUAAAGAAAUAAUAUUAGGAAAACGUAAUAUUUUCGUAAAGCAAUAAACUCUUCAAUGAACAAA